AUGCAUAAACCAAAUACGACAUUCAAUUGCUUGGAUAUCGCUUGUGGAAGCGGACGAGAUGCUUCCUGGCUUUGUCUACGCACAACUGUUGACUGGCAUGUCACUGCCAUCGAUGCUAUGACUAGUGCUCUCGACCGAACAAGGCAAUUAGCACAGGGUGUUGGAGUCUUGUCCAAGAUUCAAACCGUACCUGUAAAGAUCAUGCCGGAUGGAUCGGUUAAGCAACCUCCGAUAAGAGCUGGAGAUAUCAAAAAUGGUAAGACAAAUUUAUAUGAUAAUGUUGAUUUUCUUUGCCAAACCUAUGACCUUGUCCUCUGUGUCCGCUUUUUGCGUCGAAAAUUUUUCGAUACCAUGAUGAAAAUGGUAAAGCCUGGAGGAUUUCUUUUGAUCAGCACAUUUGUAAAUGAUGGAGUGCACUCGUACAAGUAUCCUAAAUGUGAAACACAUCGAUUGAGACUUGGUGAGCUUGACGCAUUUUUUCAAGAUCAAUUUGAAGUAUUGCAAAAUGAAAUCGAGCUUAUAGAAGAUGGAAGACCGGUGAAUUCGUUCUUAGCCAGAAAGCGAACAGGUUCACCGGAAAAACAGCAUGUAAACAACAAAUAA